GAGCAGGAUUUCCGCUUUCGCUCCUUUCCGACGGUGACGACCUCCCCAUGCGAACAUGCCUCUCGCAAAGGAUCUCCUUCAUCCCUCUCCAGAAGAGGAGAAGAGGAAACACAAGAAGAAGCGCCUGGUGCAGAGCCCCAAUUCCUAUUUCAUGGAUGUGAAAUGCCCAGGAUGCUAUAAAAUCACCACCGUCUUUAGUCAUGCACAAACAGUAGUUUUGUGUGUUGGUUGCUCUACCGUCCUCUGCCAGCCUACAGGAGGAAAAGCAAGGCUUACAGAAGGGUGCUCCUUCAGACGGAAGCAGCACUAAAAGCCCCUGGAGUCAAGAUGAAUGGGAAACCAUCCCAAUAAACACAUUUUGGAUA